CCGACAGACAACUUUAAUGCACUUAAGAGCAAGGGACUAAGCUGCUAGGCGCGAUGAGGGCAAAUUAAGUGGCUGGUGUGUCAGUGGAAACUAGCACAAAAGUACAUAGAUUGAGACAUGGAGGACAUAGAUGAGAAAGAAAAAUCACCUACCCCUUCAGAUUUAUCAUCAGAUGAUGAAGAUAGUGUUUGGUCCAACACUUCUUUGAGUGUUGGUGAAAGUGAAAUUUGUAUUGGUGAUUGUAAUGAUGAAGAUUUUUAUGAUGUAGAAGCUGCAGCUAACCUAACAGUGGAAGAACAAAAUAAAGUGGAUGAGGCUUCAAGAAUUCAAGAGGAAAAUUUUUUUACUGCAGUAACAGACACUGCAGAGAAAAUAUUAUCAUGCCACGUGCAGUACAAUGAUAUAAAUGAUAUGAUAGCAGACAGACGAAGUUUCUUGGUGGAUGGUGAUUCCUUGUUGAUAAAUGCAGUAGAAAGAAGCGGUUUAGAAAGUGCUGGAGGUGGACAAAUGUUGCACUGCGUGUAUUUAUGUGAGCGCCUGCUUCAGAUUUUUACAAGAGUUAGUGGAACCUUUGAAAUAGUGUUUUCUAAAAUGUGGGACAGAAUACUGAAGGACAACCACAGCAUCCGUUUGGCCAAAUCAGUCUUAAAACAUCAUUUCAGAUACAAUACAAAAUUCUUUGUUCAUGAAGUAAAAGCAAUUUGGAGUGAAGAUUUUAGCCAAAUUCUUAUGCAAUUGAGACCCAGUUUUUUGCUGUGUGACAUUUUACCUGAAGAAUGUAGCUCAUAUUUUUCUGAGGAUAGUUACAGAUGGGUGAAACUGAUGUCCUCUGCAAACAUUUUGUACAGUGUUGGACAAGGUCUUCCUUGUGUUGAUUUUCGUGAUAUUAGUCUGGGUGUUUCUACAAUUUGGGCAUAUGUUAUUGAUUCUGUACCUACAAUCAGUGAGUGGCUUCCAGUCUUCUCUAGGAUGUUUAUGAAAAUCACAAAAAAUGAGGAUACGGUGGAGACACUGGUUCAAAUUCCACAAGACUUAUUUAAUGUUAGAAGACUCCUAUAUAUUGGCUCUGCUGUUAUGUACCUUACUUCAAGCAAAGACACUGAUGCUGUAAUGUUAGUAAAGAUACUCCUCCUGAAAUGUGCAGUUCUAGAUGUUAUGCCCCUGAAAUUCAGAGCAUGUCCACCUCCACUUGAAGUGCCAAAGGAAGCUUCACAUUUUAUAGCAGAAAUUCACAAAUUCAUGCACUUAAUAAUGGAAAAUGUACUGACAUCUGAUUGUUGUUUUAGUACAGUACCUGACAUUUGGCAAGGUAACUUAUUUUUGAAGCUUCUUGUGACAUUAAAAAAUAGUGCACUUGAAAAUAAUUGUGGACUUGGCAGUGUAAUGGGAGAAAUUUAUGUUAAUUUAACAAAUAUUUUGAGUGCUAUUUGGGGAAGCACAUUGGAGCCGUUUCCAAUAACAUUAAAAGGCUUAAAAUGGACCCAGGAAAUAAAAUUUAAACAGAAUGAAAAUUCAAAACUUAAUACUGGAGCUGCAGCUCUUGCACAGUUUAACCAACUUCUCCCAAUAUCAUGCAGUCUUACAAGGGAGUUUUGUGGUGAAGCAGUUUUAAACAAUCUUGUUAGACUUCAAAAUCAUGCAGCAGAAAUGCAGUCAUUUAUUUCUAGAAACCUUGAUUUUGAAGAAAGACAUCACUGGCAUUCUCGGAAGAAAUUGACUGAUGAUUUCAGCAGAAUACCUGACAACAAAGCAACAGUUGGAAACAGUGUAGACCAAAGAUAUGCUAGGAAAAGAGUACAGAAACAUCAGGCUCAAUUUGCAAGGUACAUGAAUAUUUAUGGAACCAAUCUUGAAGGAAGAUUGAUACAAAGAGAUGUAAUCAUUAGAGAACCCAAACUAAGCAACAACACUGCUAGUGUGGUUAAAAGUGAAAAGCAUCAAAAGAAGAAGCCUGAAAAACAAAAAAAAGGCAGAUAUUAUAAGAAAACAGAAUAA